CUUUGCGAUACGACUCCUCUUCUCAACCACCCACCAAGUUUGACGUCGACAAGGUCUCAAUACCAGCCAAGAUGUCGACCAAUGCCAGAGUCAAGCCCGGCCAGCUAUGGAGCAAGGGCAGAGAUGAUUUGAAGAAGCAACUGGACGAGCUGAAGACCGAGCUGGGCCAACUCCGCGUCCAGAAGAUUGCAGGCGGUGCAUCCUCGAAACUCAACAGAAUACACGACCUUCGCAAAUCAAUCGCCCGAGUCCUCACUGUCAUCAACGCCAACCAACGACACCAACUGCGCCUGUUCUACGCAAAGAAGAAGUACCUCCCUCUCGAUCUUCGACCAAAGCAAACUCGUGCCAUCCGCCGACGAUUGAGCAAGAAGGACGCCAGCAGAACCACUGAGAAGCAGAAGAAGAGAUCGACACACUUCCCGCAAAGAAAGUAUGCUGUCAAGGCUGAGGCGUAAAUGAGUUGAAGACUAUGAUAGCACAAAUUUUACGGAAGUGGGUGCCAUUUCAAGCCGUUGUGCGUACUUCAGGGUUGGGACCAAUUCGAACGGUGUUGCCAGGUUAAUUCCUGAAAUUCGCGCUUGAGACAUCAACUUGCGCAGCAUAGUUGCGGAAUAGGCAUGCCAUGGAACGCUGAAUUGCGAGGUAUCCGCGUCUCGUCAAUUCUUCAUCGCAAGAACAUGAAAUAUCAAAACUCUUGAAAGCACCGAGAAUUCAGUUCAUUCGCUUUACCUUCGACCGGAGGAACUUCUGAC